GCUAUCUACUGCCCCACUCCGCCUCCCCAGAGAUUCCCGAUUCGCAUGCAGCCAUCUUUUUUAAAACAUUAUUCUUCCCAAUCCCAUCCCCAGUCUCUCUUCUCUACUAUGAACCAUACUGAAACAUAGCGUCGUCAGUCCUACAUUAUCUAUCACCCAAGCUACUACCGUUUUGCUGUCAGUAGCUAUACACAGUAUCUUAUUAAAUUUAUUCUUCAAUUGGCUGUAGAGUUGCGUUCACCUCUAAAAAGCCCGUCUGGUGAUAUCAUCAAGAAGUAAUUCGUCCACUUUGGCGAGUGGGGCGUGGGAGACGCGGAAACAUGAGCUUUGCCUCGUGUACAUGGCCAAUAUGGCGGAUUGAUGAUUUUACAAUAUGUUUCCAGUCCGAUUAUCUCCAAAUCCUCUUCCCGCUCAUUCUAGUAUCCCUAUCACUCCUUCACCUUCUAGUACAAACCGUCUAUCGGCACGUUAGAUUAAAACAAUCCCAUGGCUAUAAUCAAGUACCCGACCAUCGAGACCACACUGAGGUGCCACCCGAGGAAGAUGACUGCUUGAGCACCGACGAUGAUGAAGGGAUAUCCAUUAACGCGAAUGGCGGUGGCCGGCUCGCCCUGGUUAAGACAACAUCGAAAGGUUCCAUUGUCCAAGCCGAUACCCCGCCUGGUCAGAACCUGAUCGUCGCCAUCGAAGAAGUUGCAAUUUGUGGUUUGGUAGUCGCCAAUAUCAUUGCUCUAGCCACUGAUACCUAUGAUGGCCGUGGGCAACUAGCAGGAAUAAUGGGCUUGGUCACUUGGGUAUAUGUUCUCGUUCUUGCAACACUACGACUAUUUUUAGGAAACACCCAAUGGCGCGUUCCACGACUCUGGAAUCAUACUGCUUUUAUAUACGGCUUCCAAUGGCUCUUCACGCUAAUCAUAUUCCGUUCCGUUAUCAUCCAUGAUAACUCCAAUCUUACAAGAACUCUCAUCAUCGUGGAAUUUUGUCUAACGACACUGCUGUUUGGUAUGGCUUUGAACACUAGGAAGGGCAACAAAACCGUUAUCAUGGAAUGGGAGGGCAAUAUGGAACCAUCCCGCGAGCCUCUCGCUUCUGUACUCUCCUUGAUGACAUUUGCAUGGAUCGACCCGAUGCUCUGGCAAGGUUACAAGGAACCUCUCGAUAUGAAGCACGUGUGGAAUCUAUUGCCGCGCGACAAAGCCGCGACUGUUCUUGCUAAUUAUCGGCAAGUGAAGAAAACAACAUCCCUUGCCUUUCACUUGACCAAGUACUUUAAGGGCUUACUGAUUAUUCAAUGUGUCUGGGCCACGAUGAGUGGCAUACUCACCUUUGCUCCUACACUUCUUCUCAAAGCUAUUCUUGAGUACGUCGAGUUGCCGACUAUGGCUCCAAGGAAUGUCCUCUGGCUAUAUGUCAUUCUACUUCCGGUAUCGGAUAUCAUCCGUUCAGUUGCCGAUGGUCAAUCCCUCUGGAUUGGUCGAAAAAUUUGCAUCCGAAUUCGUGCUAUAGUCAUUGGAGAGAUAUAUGCUAAAGCCCUUCGGCGCAAGGCAGCAAGUGGUAGAGAAGCUGUUCUUGGAAACACAGAUGCAAGUGGCGCAAAGGAGACGAAGUUUGAGAAGUUGAAGAGAAUUUUGAGACUCAAGAAGGAUGGCAAGAAGUCCGAUGUGCAGAAUGGCAAUGUUGUUAAGAAGGAUGCAUCCAAGGGACCAGACGAACAAGCAAACUUGGGCACUAUUAUCAACCUCAUGUCAGUCGACAGCUUCAAGAUUUCUGAGUGCUCUUCGUAUUUGCAUUUCUUGCUAGCAUCUGCACCCUCACAGCUUAUUGUGUCUAUUGCUCUGCUUUAUCGUGUUAUGGGACUUAGCGCCGUGCCGGGCCUGGUCAUAAUGGUCUUCCUUUUGCCCAUCAACAUCCUCUUGGCGAAAGGGUUCAACUACACCCAGCGUAAGAUCAUGGCUGCGACGGACAAGCGGAUACACACUACCAACGAAAUCCUCCAGAAUAUUCGAAUUAUCAAGUAUUUCGCCUGGGAAACACGCUUCAGCGAAAUUGUCGACGAGAAACGAAGAAACGAGCUAAGCGCGUUGAGAAAUCGAUACAUGAUCUGGGCACUUGCUGUUGCUAUUUGGAAUACAGUGCCAGUUUUGAUUACCUUUUUCUCCUUUUUGGUCUACACCAAGGUUGAAAAGAAGCCUCUGUAUCCAUCUGUUGCCUUCACUGCCAUCUCUCUCUUUAUGCUUCUUAGAGUGCCUCUAGACCAACUCGGAGAUAUGAUUGCACAUGUGCAAGAAGCCAAGGUUUCGGUUGAUCGAGUCGAGGAAUUUUUGAGCGAGGAUGAGACAGAGAAAUAUGAGCAGCUAGGGCUGGAGAAUGUAGACGAGGAUGGCAACAAGGUCAUUGGUUUCAGAGAUGCUACAUUUAUCUGGGGCGGCAAAGACGCAGUUGCCGCAGACGGGUCCACGGCUUUCCGUCUUCUGGAUCUCGACGUUGAUUUCAGAAUAGGCAAGCUCAACAUUAUCGCAGGACCCACAGGCUCUGGGAAAACUUCAAUGCUUAUGGCUUUACUUGGCGAAAUGACCAAGGUCAAUGGUCAAGUGUUCCUGCCAGGUGGCCGCAGCCGGGAAGAUGUCCGGCCAGAUCCCGCCACAGGCUUGACUGAAACCUGUGCCUACGUCGCUCAAUCUGCCUGGUUGGUGAAUGCAAAUAUCAGGGAGAAUAUUCUGUUUUCUGCGCCUUACAACGAGAAAAGGUACAGGGAUGUUUUGGUGGCCUGCGCUUUGCAACGAGACCUCGAAAUUCUUGAUAAUGGUGACGAAACUCUGGUUGGCGAAAACGGCAUCACCCUCUCCGGCGGUCAGAAGCAACGCAUUUCCUUGGCCCGUGCUGUGUACUCGAAUUCUCGACAUUUAUUACUUGAUGACUGUUUAAGUGCAGUUGACUCGCAUACGGCUAAAUGGAUUUUCACAAAGUGUAUCAAAGGCGAGCUGAUGAAGGGUCGAACUUGCAUUCUCGUCACACACAACACCACGCUUUGCGCGCCCUUAUCUGAAUAUGUUGUCCUCCUCGACAAUGGUAGAGUUGAUGCUCAAGGACCGGCCAAUGAUGUAAUUGCUUCCGGUAAACUUGGCGAAGAGAUUCGAAGUAAAUCACGACCAGGAUCUUCCGAUGCUUCACGUGUUCCAUCGCGGGUGCCGUCUAGUGUUGGAGAUGAAAGCGACCAAACCCUCAUAGAUAAUGGCGGCCAUGCGACAUCGGGUGUUAAGUCUGACACUAGGCAAGAAAACCAGAGCUCUCUAAAAGAGACGAAAGCUACGGGCGCUGUCAAAUGGCAAGUCAUUGGGCUCUAUCUCCGUGCUAUGGGUACUUGGUGGUUCUGGGCUAUUGCUGUUGUAGUAUUUGGGUGCCAGCAAUUCAGCAGCGUUGCAUCAAACCUAUGGAUCAAGGAAUGGGCCAAUCAAUACACUUCGAGCCCCGAAAACAUUUCCCUAUCUGCUACACACCUCAGCAUGUCUUCACAGCUUCACACCAACUCGUGGUUUUCUCCAUCUUCUGUUGCGGCAACUAUCAACCACGUUAAGGCUACCUCAUUUAUCACUCCCGCCGACUAUUCGGCGGCAGAUGUGCCGGAAGUCAACGUAAAUUACUACCUCACUGUCCUAGCGUUGAUUGGCAUUGCUGGUGCUAUAUUGGCCUUAACCCGAGAUAUAUGGUUAUUCUUUGGGUCGCUUACUGCCUCGUGGAAGCUUCAUAAUCAGCUUAUGUCCGCUGUAUCUAGGGCGAAAUUCAAGUUCUUCGAUGUGACUCCCCUCGGACAGUUGAUGAACCGAUUUAGCAAAGAUCUCGAGGCAAUUGAUCAGGAGGUUGCACCUGUAGCCAUUGGUGUUAUGAGCUGUGCCGUGGGUAUUAUGAUUACUGUGGUACUAAUAGCAGCCAUCACCCCGGGAUUUCUAGUUGCAGGGUUUUUCAUCACGGGCUUAUAUGUCCUGGUUGGCUUGUUUUAUCUUCGAGCUUCAAGAGACCUCAAGCGUCUGGAGUCAGUGAACCGAAGCCCUCUAUUUCAACAGUUUGGCGAGACUCUCUCGGGUGUAACAACCAUCCGCGCGUACGGUGACGAGCGCCGAUUCAUUCGGGAGAAUCUUACUAGAAUUAACACACAGUCUCGUCCGUUCAUUUACUUGUGGGCUGCUAACAGAUGGCUCGCUUUUCGAACGGACCUUUUGGGCGAUCUCGUUUCGUUCUUUGCUGGUGUUUUUGUCAUCCUCAGUUUAGGAAAGAUCGACGCUGGCUCUGUAGGUGUAUCUUUGAGCUAUGCUAUUGGAUUCUCCGAGAACAUUCUAUGGCUUGUUCGACUAUACGCCAUGAACGAGCAAAACAUGAAUUCUGUGGAACGUGUGAAAGAAUACCUCGACAUCGAACAGGAGGCUGCUCCAAUCAACGAAAAGAACCGCCCUCCUCAGAAUUGGCCCGCACAUGGCGCAGUUGAAUUUAUUGGAUAUACUACAAGAUAUCGCAAAGAACUUGAUCCAGUCCUCAAAAACGUUACCUUCAAGAUUGACCCCCGCGAGAAGGUAGGCAUAGUGGGACGAACUGGUGCCGGAAAGAGUUCCCUGACCCUAGCAAUCUUCCGUGCUCUGGAGGCAGAGAGUGGCAAAAUCUUAAUCGACAACAUCGACAUUGGCAUGAUCGGUCUUCAAGAUCUCCGAGAAGCAAUCACGAUUGUGCCUCAAGACCCGACCCUUUUCACGGGUACCAUCCGAACAAACCUUGACCCGUUUAAUGUUUAUACCGACGAGGAUAUAUUUACUGCUUUGAAAAAGGUUCAGCUCAUCGGGCCAAACGAAAGGCCCCCUUCCGCCACACGGGAUGCUGGAGUCCUAAAUGACCAGGACGCCUUAAGCCCUACUACGCCUUCCACAGGGAACAAGAACAUAUUCCUUGACUUGUCUUCCCCAGUCGUUGAAUCUGGUACAAACCUUUCCCAAGGCCAGAGGCAGCUUUUAUGCCUUGCCCGUGCGAUGCUUAAGAAUCCUAAGGUGCUCGUGAUGGACGAAGCCACGGCAUCGAUCGACUAUGCGACCGAUUCGAAAAUUCAAGGGACUAUUCGGGACUUAAAAAGCACCAUUAUCACUAUCGCGCAUCGGCUUGCCACCAUUGUUGACUACGACAAAGUACUAGUUCUAGACCAUGGCGCGGUGGUGGAAUAUGGCCACCCGCAUGAACUUCUGCAGAAGGAGGAUGGAAACUUCAGGAGUAUGUGUGAGAUGAGCGGAGACAUGGACGUUCUCACCAAAGCGGCCAAAAAGGCAUGGGAAGAUAAAAGACUCGUGGACGACGAAUAGGGAAAAGCGCACGUACACAUAUCAGCCCAGUUUGAACCGGCUGCAUGCGACAAUGGUUUUUGGAGCGAGUAACGAGUUCAUCUUUGGGAUACGCCAUGCAUACUUAUCGUGGGUAGGCAGUAGGCAUUGGUUUAGUGUGUACCUACCCUUUUAAAACACGAAGUGUUUUUUAAAGUGUUGACAGCAAGAAACGGCUUGCCCAUGCUGUGACGCUUCUGUACAGAUGUAUUACCUAGAGAGCAUCAUUUAUGCCUGUUUAUAUGUUACGAAUAUGAUUUCUAAAUACAAAAUCUAUCAACUUA